AUGCCUUCAAAAGUGAAAGGUGCCAAAAAUGGGGCGGAUUCCCAAGAUCCCGUUCCAGAAUUGAACAUUGGCAAGGGACCAACAAGACCCUAUGUUAUAACCGAUCCUCCAUCUACCCUCGGCGAACUGCGUUCUCCAACCAGCGCUAAAGAAAAGCUCGCAAUUGCAGCACUUGUCCUAGCUGCUGCUACUGUUAGAUUGUACAACCUUUCUCAUCCGGAUUCGGUGGUCUUCGACGAAGUUCAUUUUGGUGGGUUCGCGUCCAAAUACAUAAAGGGGACUUUUUUCACAGACGUUCAUCCACCAUUGGCAAAAAUGCUAUUUGCCACAGUGGGUUCGAUUGCUGGGUUCAAUGGAGACUUCGAAUUCAGCUCAAUCGGAGACCAUUUUCCAGAAUCGACACCAUAUUAUUUCAUGAGGUUGUUCCCUAGCAUCUUAGGUGUUUUGACUGUGUUGCUAAUGUACUUAACUCUGCGUUGCUCGGGUGUAAGGAUUCCAAUUGCUUUCUUGGUAUCAUUGGGUUUCGCUGUGGAAAACAGUUUCGUCACUAUUUCUCGUUACAUUUUGUUGGACUCUCCUUUACUGUUUUUUAUCGCGUCAGCCGCGUACGCCUUCAAGAAGUACGAGAUUUAUCCACAGGGAACUUGGGCCUCUCAAAAAGCUCUGUUGAGCACAGGUCUUGCCUUGGGUAUGGCUGUCUCUUCAAAGUGGGUUGGAUUAUUCACUAUUGCAUGGAUUGGCCUUCUUUGUGUCUGGAGACUAUGGUUUAUGAUCGGUGAUAUGUCGAAGCCGGUUAGUCACACUGUUAUCGAAGCUUCAAGAAAGUUCGUUUUUCUACUAAUAGUGCCAGCUGUUUUGUACAUUGCAUUUUUUUACAUGCAUUUCGAGACAUUGACGCUGCACUCCGAUGGAGCAGGAUUCUUUUCAUCUGCAUUCAGAACUUCUCUACAGGGUAACACUAUACCCAAAGAUAUUCUGGCCGAUGUUGGGAUCGGAUCUGUUGUUUCAAUUCGCCACAUCGCCACCAUGGGGGGAUAUCUACAUUCUCAUGACCAUAUGCUGGAAAAAGGCUCUCAACAACAACAAAUUACACUUUACCCUCAUUUAGACGGUAACAACGAUUGGUUGGUCGAGCUACAUGACAAGCCAAAUACACCAGUUACGUCAUUCGAAGGGUUGAUGGAUGGCACUACGAUCAAACUGAAGCAUGUUAGCACCCAGCGCAGGCUGCACUCCCAUGAUCAUAAAGCUCCCGUUUCUGAAAGUUCUGAUUGGCAAAAAGAAGUCUCGGGGUACGGUUUUGAAGGUUUUGAAGGCGAUGCUAAUGACAACUGGGUGAUCGAAAUUGAUCAGGAUGCAUCUGUACCCGGCGAAGCUCAAAAGCGCGUUAAGGCGUUGGACACAAAAUUCCGUUUGAGACAUACGUUUAUGAACUGCCAUCUAUUUUCCCACGAAGUAAAAUUGCCAAAGUGGGGAUUUGAGCAACAAGAAGUUACAUGCGCUAGUCAAGGGAAACAACAUUUGACCCUAUGGUAUAUUGAGGGAAACACACACCCCCUGUUGCCUCAGGAUGCCGAACGAGUUUCUUACAAAAUGCCUGGAUUUUUAGGUAAAUUCCUAGAGUCUCAUCAAAGAAUGUGGCACAUCAACAAAAACUUGGUAGAGCCUCACAUCUAUGAAUCUAAGCCUUAUACAUGGCCUCUUUUGAUGCGCGGCAUCAAUUACUGGGGUGAAAAUCACAAACAAGUUUACCUUUUGGGAAACGCAAUUAUGUGGUGGUCCGUAACGGCCUUUAUUGGUUUAUUUGCCGUUCUAGUACUUGGAGAAUUAAUUUCGUGGCAACUUGGAUUCAAGAUCCUACAAGAUUCGAAGGUUGUCAAUUUUCACAUCCAAGUGGUACAUUAUUUACUUGGUUACGCUCUACACUAUGCACCCUCCUUUUUGAUGGGUCGUCAGUUGUUCUUGCACCACUAUUUGGCUGCAUAUUAUUUCGGAAUUCUCGCGUUCGCUCAUGCUUUGGAAAUUGUCGUAACCUACGUUUUCCGUAAAAGGGAAGUGUAUGGCUAUGUUAUUGCGGGAACCUUUGUCAGCGGCGUCGUGUACUUUUUCCUUUCAUACCGUGCAAUCAUCUAUGGUACGCCGUGGACUUCCGAGCUAUGUGAGAAGUCGAAGUGGGUUUCUGGUUGGGACUAUUCUUGUCAUAAUUACCUGUCAUCUUACGAUGACUAUAAGAACCUUGAAACGAAACAGCAACAAGAAGCAUUAUAUCCCUCACAUACGGUUGAAGCAGAUAGUCAGCCUACUGGCAGUUCAAUAUCUCCUGACAACGUCGCUCAGGGGGCUCUUGAGGAUACGCCUCAUGAAGUACUUGAAAACGCACCUGAAGACAUCCCACAACCAGAUUCCAACAACGAGGCUCAAGAAUUUGACGUUGAUGAAAUCAUGGCUUCACCUGGUUUGAAGAAAUUUAUCGACCAAUUUGGUAAUGAAUUGCCUUUUGAUGUUGUAAAGGAUGUUUUGGGCAAUGGAGGCUCGGUAUUAAGCGUAGAGCACCGGUCUCAUACCGAUAUUAUUUAG